GGCGCUCCGUGCGUGUGGCGUGACGUCACGCCGCUCCGUGCCGGGCCGUGCGUGCCGGGGCCGCAGCGGCGGGCGGGGGCCGGGGCCGCGGCGAUGCUGGAGGAGGCGGGCGAGGUGCUGGAGUCGGUGCUGAAGGCCUCGUGCCUGCCGCUCAGCUUCCUGCUCUUCGUGCCCGCCGUGCUCCUGCUGCUGGGCCCGCCGCCCGCCGCCGAGGCCGCCCACGAGUUCACGGUGUACCGCAUGCAGCAGUACGAGCUGGGCGGGCAGCCCUACGGCACCAGGAGUGCCGUGCUUAACACGGAGGCCCGCACAGUAGAAGCGGAUGUGCUCAGCCGCCGCUGUGUCAUGAUGCGGCUGGUGGAUUUCUCGUAUGAGCAGUACCAGAAGGCUCUUCGCCAGUCAGCUGGGGCUGUGGUGAUCAUCUUGCCACGGUCUAUUUCUUCUGUCCCACAGGAUGUCGUAAGGCAAUUCAUGGAGAUAGAGCCAGAAAUGCUUGCUAUGGAAACCAUUGUGCCAGUCUACUUUGCAGUGGAAGAUGAAGAGCUGCUAUCUAUCUAUGAACAAACACGGGCUGCUUCUGCAUCACAGGGAUCUGCCUCAGCUGCGGAAGUUUUGCUGCACACUGCAACUGCCAAUGGCUUCCAGAUGGUGACCAGUGGGGCUCAGAGCAAAGCCAUCAAUGACUGGCUUAUACCCAGCGUAGAGGGAAGGCUGACGGGGCUGGGUGGAGAAGAUCUACCCACUGUUGUGAUAGUUGCGCACUAUGAUUCCUUCGGAGUGGCCCCAUGGCUGUCACACGGUGCUGACUCCAAUGGCAGUGGUAUUUCAGUGCUGCUGGAAUUAGCCAGGCUGUUCUCACGGCUUUACACUUACAGACGAACUCAUGCUGGGUAUAACUUACUAUUCUUUGCAUCUGGAGGUGGCAAGUUUAAUUAUCAAGGAACCAAGCGAUGGCUGGAAGACAAUUUGGACCACACUGAUUCCAGCCUGUUGCAGGACAAUGUAGCGUUUGUUCUCUGCCUUGACACUCUAGGCCGAGGCAAUAGCCUUCAUCUUCAUGUCUCCAAGCCUCCCAAAGAAGGGACCUUACAGCAUGCGUUUCUGAGAGAACUGGAGCUGGUUGUUGCCAGCCAGUUCCCAGAAGUGAAGUUUUCCAUGGUGCACAAGAAGAUAAACUUGGCUGAGGACAUGCUGGCAUGGGAACACGAGCGUUUUGCGAUCCGACGCUUGCCAGCGUUCACCAUCUCCCAUUUGGAGAGCCACCGGGACAGUCUGCGCAACAGCAUCAUGGACAGGAGGGCACGAGUAGACACUAAGGCACUAACCAGGAACACUAGGAUCAUUGCUGAGGCUUUGACAAGGGUCAUCUACAACUUGACAGACAAGGGAGCACCUGCAGAUCUGCAGAUCUUCACAGAUCAGAUGAUCCAGCAGGAGCAACUUGAAUCAGUGAUGGACUGGCUGAGCAGUCAGCCCAGGGCUGCUCAGCUGAUUGAUAAAGACAGCACCUUUCUCAGCACCUUAGAAUAUUAUAUGGGUCGCUACCUGAAAGAUGUCAAACAGCAUCAUGUAAAGGCAGACAAACGGGACCCAGAGUUUGUUUUCUAUGACCAGCUGAAACAGGUGAUGAAUGCGUACAGGGUGAAGCCAGCAAUCUUUGACCUCCUCCUGGCUGUCUGUAUUGCAGCCUACCUUGGUGUUGCCUACGUUGCAGUGCAGCAUUUUGGCCUCCUUUACAAGAUGAUACAGAGAUUAUCCCUUAAAACCAAGCAGCAGUGAAGCAACAAGUCAUGAUCCUUACAGCAGCACUGAGCCAUCGGUGAGCCCAUCAGGAACCUUCUGCCUUCCAGUGAAUCCUGCUGUUUCUGUUCCUCUCUCUCCUCUUUACUACUCUAGAGAGGGGAGGAAGGCAGAAAGAAAAUGAAAUUUCAACUCCUGUGCACCUUUCAGGUGCUUUUUUUCCACUUACUUGCACCAUGCCUGUUUUACUUUGCUUUUUUGCAAGGGAGAAGCUCAGACUUCAGACGUUUGUGCAGUUGUUUAAAUGCUGAACAGCUGAUGCUGAGCAGCUUUUAUGAGGGUAGAACAAAGUCCAGCACAUUCAAGGACAUACGUGCCGUACAGCCAACUUGGAAGCUGAAACUACAGAGCAGAUGUAUUACCUCUGCCCAGCAAACAAGGACUCAGAGCACUUGCUUAAAAGAAAAGAAAAUGUGCAUAUGCAAAUUAAAGAGAAUGCUAUUAGUAUGUUUUCUUAUGGCACCUCUUCCUUAAGUUUGCUGCCUGGCUUUAGGAAGGUGUGCUGAGCAAGCCGUAUCUCCAGCAAGCAUCUUUUUGCAUUUUGUUUAGACAGUGCAAUAACUCAUUCCCUUUUCAGAGGUGCACUGUAAACAGUUUUGACUGUUAUAGAGGGAAUGAGGAAAGAGUGUUAAAACGGGUUCCUGCAGUAGGGUUCUUACCAGGACAUAUUGUCCUGCCUCUAUUGGAGGAUGCAUUUUGCUGUGUACUUGAUUUCUCUUAAAGCUUGCCCUUGAACAGUUUGCUGCUGCCACCACUCUGUGCUAAACUCUUGCAUGGUUUUUAAGAGGUGUUCUACAGUCCCAAAUGCUGCAGGACCAUGUUUUGUGGUGUUUCAUGUAUUUAGUCAAGCUGGUUUUAUUAAUAGCAAGAGCAGCACAGUUCAAGCUGAGCUCUGGUUAAUUAUUGUUCCUCAGUUUACGCUUCCAGAUGGUUCUGGGUUUUGGGCUGUUUUGCUGUGUCCACCUGCAUCUCAGGGUCUCAUUUCACAUUUUUCAGCUCUGUUAUUUCUGAAAACACGGUUCCUGGCCUGCAUGUAUACACAAAUUUCCAAAGUGCUUGUCACUGUCUCCUUUCAUACUCUGCCGCUAGUAUGUAAAAAGGGAGGCAGGUCACUUGGCUAUUAGAAAACAAAACAAACAAACAAAACACACAAGUUUUAUGAAUGUCAUUUUAAGUGUCAGUUUUGAGGACUGUAACCAUGAGAUCCUAUCUUGGAACUCACUCUUUUACAUUUAUACUCGGCCAAGCCUUGUCUGUAGUUAGCUCUCGCUGUCCAGAAGCAUUGGCAGUCUCGUUGUGAGUGCUGCGUGAAGCUGUUGAGGGCCAGGUAGCCAGUUGCUCCAGCACUGCUGUCAUCUGAAGUUUAAACUUUUCUUGCAUUCUGCUGACUGAGAGAAGCAGGACGGUACUUCUUUGUUUUUUUUUUAAGGCCAUUACACAUGUGCCAUUGUCUGUAGGGGGGGAUGACAAAAGCAUGGGUUUCCAUCCAUCUUUGUUUCUUUUGCUGUAGUCUCUUUGGAGUACCUUUGCCCCAUUGUGCAUGCUUUCUGCUAAUGCAUAGCAACUUGUACUUUAAAGGGUCUUUUCUUCUCAAGGAGAGCAUGCUAUUGUCUGUGGCUCCCUGUAAUAUCAGCAGGUGGCAUGGUAUCAAGCACUCCUGAAAUAUCAGCCCUACAGGAAAACUUGCCUUUUUUCUAGCAUGUUUUUUUUUUUUUUUUUUUUUUUUUUGUGCUGUUGAAAUGUGUCUCUAUGCAUGUAUGAAGCAUUUGUGAUGCUUCUCUGCCAAAUGAAUUUAUAAUGACUUCAGAAAGUGGUUGCUUGUUCUUGGGUGGCUAGAAGAUGAGCUUUGGUUGUGUUCCACUGAUCGUUAUGCUCUGCACUGAGGGACUGUACGUACUGUGCUCUGGAAAGGUGUAGAUCUGGACUGUGUAGGUAUAGAACACACACGGUGCAGUGGAUAUCUGGAGAGCUUCUCUCUAGGUUCUGAACAGCUGGAAGUGAUACCAGAGGCCUCCAGCUGUAUUGUAUGUUUCUAGCAUGUUACUCUUGGACAGGGUGUGUCCCCUCCAGUCCAGCAUAUUGCUUAACCAAGCUUAAUGAAACUCUAUUACUUCAAUGGAAACAAAUAAGAAAGCCAAAAUUAUUAGCGAUCCUGCUUCAGCUCAACUUGAUGCACUUUCAGUUGCCACUACUUGUAAAUUUUAGAGGCAGAACAGGCCCAGAGCAUUCCUUCCUUGCAGUGGAGACUAUCAACCUUCAGUUUUCCAGCUAUGUCCUUGGCAGGGCUGUAGCAUUAAAGGAAACGCUUUAUCUCCUUGUGGCUUAAACAGUAAAAUAACUCUUCUGGUGCAGUGCCAGAAGCCAGUGGCAUCUGUGUAAGAGAAAGGUUGAAAGAGGUAAAUGGAGAAAGUUCAUAAACUUCAGGGGCAGUUGGGACAGUGCAUUGUCCUGUCAUGCACGAGGGUAAUUUAUCCCGUAAUUAGACGUGUUUCAUUAUAGUUACCUGACUGCCAUAGAAAGUAUUUCCUGAUACAGAUAAGGGUUUAUGCUUCUGAUCAAAGUGUGUAUAUGUUGAAACAUUCUAUACUCAAAUCUGAGAUGGUCAAAUUCCAACUUUAUCGUAGCUGGAACAGAGUGCCCAUCCUGGGAGUGAACUUAGUUCCAAUGUUGCUAUGUUUCCUUUGGGAAGUUGACAGAGAAGCAUGUAAAUAGCCCCUACUAUUCUGCUAGGUUUUAAAAGAACAAGAAUAAUGGUGCUGAUGCAUACUGCAGCACAUCCCAUUCCUCCUGUUACCAACGUGACACACAGAGGCAGAAAUGCAGCAGCUGUUCUGGUACAAUAAAGUUCACCACAUUACACAGGAGCUCUGUGUAGCAGAUCCUCACACCCCUAUUUUUACCUAUCCUUUUAUCAUGAGUUUCCUUGGCCUGGAAGGAAGAAGCAUGAAAGUACACGUCCGCAUAUACACAACUAGCUAGCAAUUACCUUCCUAGCCAUAAACCAGUAUUCUUUACUAUCUGACUUCACCUGUUGUACUGAUGCUGUCAAAGUGUGUGGUUUGCAGAAAUUUGCGUUUCCAACAGGAUUUAAACACUGAAGCUGUUUCAUUCUUUCUGUCCACUUCUCUCCCCCCUACCUGAGGCACUAGGGAUUACAUGUGAGUAGUUUGGACUCCUGUAAUUUGUCUCCCAAAUCAGAGAGGUUCCCUGCUAUAAGUACUGCUGUGCAAUAUGAGUUCCACCCCUGUACUCACAGAGUGCUAAGAGGAAGGACCUUGAAGUCAAAAUGGAUCUAGGUACCCCACUACCUGUGGCUGGAAGAGUAACUACAAUCUAUUUUAAACCUUUAAAAUCACAACUACCCCCAAAUUAUUGUGGGCAUUGGGUUUGGGUGAUUUUUUUGUUGUUGUUUUGUUUGUUUUUUAAAUCACACUUGCUCGUGUUCAUAACACAAACCAAAACAGAGCUGCUCCAACACCUCAUGGCCAAGCUUUUAAGCACAUUUAAGAGCUGUGCAGUUUGACUUCCUGAUCUGAAAUAAUGGGGGUGCUACCAUGUGUCCCAGUAGAUUAGGCCUCUGGGUGUUGAAGUGUGGACUCUUACUUGCUCCCUUUGAUUUGCUUAGUUUUCACUUGUAGUUAUUGGAUAGCAACUUCAAAAGUUGUAAUCUGAAACGUUUGCAGCUCAGGAAAAAGUGUUGAUUUAUCUAGUAAUGUUAACUCAUUUAUCUCUCGUGUGUCCUCAAGAACAAAUGUAUAUUGAGGUGAGUAUUUAAAAACGAAUAGCAGAGUCAAUUCAGUUUAUUAACAUUUUUCUGAUUAUAAAUGUAAUGGUAUCUAAAUAUUUUAGCAUUUUUCAUUUCCUUCUUUGUCCCUUUUUCAUUUGGAAAAAUAAACCAAGUGUGAGUAAGUUUGA